CUUUAAGGCUCAGCCACACCUCCCGGAUUGCUGCAGAGACGUUGCCUUUAACGGCUCAAACCGGGUCCGGGAUUUUAAUGACAACAUCUUAUCCCGUUAGAGGCACCUGCUCCUGACCUCCCUGGCACCCAGUGGGUUAACACUGCCAUCAGUGCACCUGCAGCUGGACCUGUCCAUCCCUGGGGGCUGGGGCUGUGCAGGGGCUAUAGGAGGGGGCGACUGGCACAGUCAGGAUGGUGUCCUGGAUCAUCUCCCGGCUGGUGGUGUAAGUAAGGGGUUAAUGGGGGUAAUAAAGUAUUGGGGGGGCACAUGGAAAGAGUAGCCAUGGUGACAUUAUUAUUAUUAUUAAUUUUAUCCUGUUCAAUUAAUUAAUGGUUAUAAAUAAUCUUAUUAAUGGGUGUGUUUUGCAUGCAGUGAAUUUUAUGAUUUAUAAUUUUUUGUUAUUUAUUUAAUAAGAUUAAUGCCAUGGCCUGUAUUAAUACCCUGUGCACAGGGUGCCUGGCUGGCUGGCUCUGUAGGUGUGCACACAGUAUGGAUGCUGAGGACUAGUUCCCUGGAUCCUUGCUGCAGACCAUGAUGUUAUUUUGUUACUCUGACAUGAUGCUGACUCUGUAUUCCUCUGUGAAAUGAGCCCAUGUGUCAUGUCAUCUGAACUGUCCCUAAUAUAUUGGAUUUGAACACAGGCUGGAUCAGAAGGCCCUGUCAUUUAACCACAUGGAGCUGCAGUGCCUGAGGCCAUUGGAUUUGAUUUUUUUUAGCUGCUUGAUCCAAUUAAAAAAACCAACCCCCCGCCCCCUGAUAAUCUGGAUAUAAAUCUGAUAAUUAACUAAUUUCUCCAUUCUAACUGCCUGUGAGAUGAAUUCAUAUUUAAUGCUGUAUUAUUAUUAUUUAUUUUCUUUUUACAAAUUUCUGUUAUUUUUGUUAUCUAAGUGUUCUCUGCUUUCAUCUGAGCUUCUGUAUGUGUCCUGAAAAUAAAAAAUUUUCAUAAAAUAAAAUACUAAAUCCUGGACCGUGAUGUACCAGGUUGCAUGCUAAGUUAAUAUAUUAAAGUAAAACUUUGCAAUAAGAUAGGUCACAUUCUGUUUGAUUAAAGUCAGCUUUAUUAGUAAUAACAGCGAAGUAGAAAUCCAAAUGGCAAAAUUCAGGCUGAAACAGACACGCUGUGACUAUGUCUAAUUCUCUCCCCCCCCCCCCUCCCAAAUCACCUACAUUUUGCAGUUUGGUGUUUCAAUCACUACGAUUCACCGUCUAAUGAAAAAACUAAUUAUUUUGCCUAAAUGUUUGUAUUUUCACACUAGUCACUUUCUAAUAUAUUUGCUGCAUUUAAACCAACUAGGAAAAAUAGCUGGCUGACAUUCCCCCCCCCCCAGGAAAUAAAAUAAAUUUCAAAAAGGGCAUUGCGCAUAUUUGGACAAAUGAGAUUAAUUGGGAUUUUUUAGAUUUGUCUAUAUUCCAGUUUGGCUAAUUUAGAUUAUAAUUAGCAUUUUCAAAGCUCCACAAUACACCGUAGUGAAUUAACCUUUAUGUAAACGUUACGGAUUUGACUAACUCUCAUGGGAUAUGAACACUUCAGUGUCUGUGUACUUUAUGAAAAGCUGCUAAACUGACACAGACCUGAUGUUUUGUUGCUCCUAUGUGGAAGCGAUUUUUAGACAACUCAGCGGAAAUUUUUGCUUCAUCAGUAAAGUUAAAAUAAUUUAUUUUUACAGCCACAAAAAACAAUGAAUGCAGAUCUCUGUUAGAGCAGGGUGUAUUUUUGCAGACUUCAGACUAUAAACAGACUGAGGUGUUGUGAUUAUGCAUAAAUUUGCAGGUUUUUCACUUUACUUUUCUUUUUUUCCAUUUUGCUUAAUUAAUUUCUAUAUUACGACUGCAAUUAAAAGAUCGAUGUAUUACGUGUUCUAUUCAUUGGAUUAACUUGUAGCAUUUUAUUCCUUGCAGGUUGGUGUUUGGCACUUUAUAUCCAGCUUAUUCUUCCUACAAAGCCGUAAAGACAAAAAAUGUCAAAGAAUAUGUAAGUUUGAUAAAAUAGAAUAUUUUUUUUUGUACAAAAUUGGAAAUACAUUUGUUUCUCGUUACUGUAUAAAAAUAUUUGACUAAUAUUUUAGGGUCAUUAAUCUUUAUGAAAUGUUUAUCAGCUUAGAAUCAGGUUAGAAAAUAAGAAUUGAAGACUGUAAGAGGGUUAUUCAGUAAAGAAAGAAUUGCUGGGAAUUCACAGUGAAUUUCAAAAUGGAGGCCAAAAUUUGUGAUUUAGAAAAAAUUUAACAAGUCUGUUCUGUUUUCAGUUUGGAUAUUUUGGGCUAUAUUUGAAAUUCACUUUCAAUUCCUGGAGAUUUUCUCUAAUAAGAGAGAGACAUUAGUGAGCUCCUCCACAAGUCAUGCCUGCGUGACGUCCUCGCUGGUUCCUUAACUUGGAGAGGGAUCUACCCUUUCAUGAUUGUACAACCAGUAUGACCCAAGGGGACCAUAUCUGGUGGAAUUUGUGGGGUGUUCCUUGUUGUUCUGCAGUCAUAUAUCCUAUCUCACAAAAUAAAGUGUAUGUAUUAGUUGCACAUGACUAGGAACCCCCUUUCCAUAGCAUGGCCACACAGCAUCUGAUUUGGCUACUACCAAUUUGUUACUAGGUUUGUAGAUCUUUUUUUAGUCAAUUUAAAAGGUGUAGUUUAACGGAACACUUUAGUGGUAGGAAUAUCAAUAUAUAUUCUUAACACUAAAGCAUCCCUCUGCCCCCCAACCCUCCAUCCAUGAAAGGGUUAAAAACCCUUUCAGUCCCUUACAAGAUUUCAGUGCCAAUGUCGCGCUGGUCCUUCGCCGACGUCAGUUGAUGACACGCACGUAAUAGGCCUUCCCCACGAAAAAGCAUUGAAUCAAUACUUUCCUAUAGGGGUUUUGCACAUGCAAAGUGUGGGGACGCCCAGUGUUGUUUCAGAGUCAAUCUUCAUGAAGCUGCAUGUACCACCUCUAGUGGAUGUCUGGUAGACGGCCACUAGAGGCAGUCUUAGCAGUGCAGUGUAAACAUUGCAGUUUCUCUAAAACUGUAGUGUUUUACAUUGCAGGGCUAAGAGGGACAGGGACAUUGCACUCAGACCCCUUCAAUGAGAAGAAGUGGUCUUGGUGCCUGUAGUAUCCCUUUAAUGUUUCACUCCUAAAAUUAAAUGCACUAUUUUUUAUGAUAUUCCAUACUGCAGUACAACAUGUAAGAGAAAGAUCAAGUAACUUUACUGAUUGGGUUCAUCCUUGAAUCUUUGUCCAUUUGAAAUGUUGAGAAAUAGGAAGUUAUAUCAGUUAUAAGGGACUAUGAGGUAAAUCUGUUAUGAAUUAACUUUUUUAAAAAUUAAAGGGUUACUUAAAAGCACCUUGGCCACUUCAGUGAAAAGCUGAGUUUGUCCUCUUGUUUGUCCUCCGGGCUGGAUGACGUCAAUUCUAUGCCAUUUAUUUUUUAUUUUUUUUAACACUCCUCAGCAGAUGAAUCAGGCUUCUGAAUCAGGCUUCCAACUUUGCAGAAGUUUGUCACCAUAGCAAAAAGCUAGCUUUGGAACCCAGUGGGGACCCAGGUAAAUGGACAAACCAUUAGUAAAUAAUUUGUCCAAUUAUUAGAAAAAAGGGCAAGGGUACUCCUGUUUGCUGUAACCCUUUAAUGCUUUCUGCUGUAACUGACCUUUUUUUAGUACUACUUAAACCCAGUUUGAAAAGAUAGUUUUCAUGUGUUACUAGCUGUAAUUUUUAACAUUUUAGUUUUACUUUUAAAAUUGCACAGACUAUAUCCUGUAUCUUAAAAAUAAGAUUAACUUGAGCCCCCCCCCCCCACCCUUUUAAAAAGUAUAGUAUUGUACAAUGUUUCUCUGUAUACUCUAUCUUUUUUUUGAUGCUCCGAGUAUCAUAUGGCAAAAAUCUCUUAUCUCAAAACACUGUAGAUGUUUGAGAAAACAAACUCUUGACUGUUACCUUUCCUUUAAAAAAAAUAGCUUACUGUUUUUUUUUUUUUAAUCAUGAAAUGCAAGGCUAGCCCCUAAUCAUAAAAUAAUAUAGCAGAUGUGUUUAUAUAGUGCAAUACCGAAAUUAUAAAAUGUAAUUUUAUUAUUUAUAGAAAUAGUGGUGUAUAAAGAUUAUACACUAUCCCCAAUCUUAAAUAUUAAAGACAGGGUCUGCAAUAUUACAUUAAAACUGAAAUACCAUUUUUGUUUCUAUCCUGGUUAUGGGUGUCUGUAUGUAACCUGAUGGUCUCUUUAAAAUGCAACCACAAUGUUAGAAUAAUGUUUUAGGCAUGGUACCAACAUGCAGCAAGUACAGUCACGCUGAGCAUCUGUACUAUACAAGGCUUUUUGUUGAUUAGCCUGCAAUAAUCUUUGAAGUGUACUCUGCUUUACCUGCUCCUUGACAUCUAGAACAUAGCUAUGAAUUGGCCUAAAAAAACUAGUUGCUAUAACACGAGAGAGGAGGAGAUAUAUUCACUCUAAAUCCUAUUCAGAUUUGCACAAUCACGUAAUGUAGCUCUGGUGGACAAAUUUGUUUUUUUGCCAGCUGAACGCCAAAUCUUGAGCAAAUGGGUUAGGGCUUGGUGGGCUAACUGUAAUUUUAAAAUGCGUAAAAAAGUUAGCAUGCAUAUUUAGUUAGCAUACAUAUAUUUUCUGAAAGAAAAUGGGUUAAAAAUAUGAUCAUUUUACUGAAUAAAAAUUGAAGUACUUUAUUUACAUAUUUUCAUUUGUGUUUGAUUUGUAUAGCAGAAGGUCAUAUUUCUUUUCUCAGUAACAGACAUUACAAUCCUCUUUGUUAUUUACAGCAAGCUUGCCAUAUUAUCCCAACCUUUUCUAAACGGUUUGUUGUGAAAUGCGCAGAUUAACCUAUUUGCUUUCAAAUUUGAACACCGAGCAUUGUUUUGCUAUUGCUCAGACGAUUAAGGGCCCUGGUUGGCUCUGCAGGUGUUCUGUUCCCCUAACGUUCUGCAUGUAUUAAAGGGACACUCUAAGUACAGUACAGUUCUUACUCCAUUAUCUCCCAGGCACCGAGGAGGAGUUUGUGAACUAUUUACUUGUCCCUUGUCCCCACUCAGGUCCACCAGGGGAAAACCCUUGGAAUAUAAUUUAAGAAACCCCUUGCAUGGGGAGUUGCAUAAAAGCCAGCUGUGGCUGAAUAAAAAUCAGUUGACUCCCAGAACUGUGUGUGAUCUAGUUACUUGGGCGAUUGUGCCUUGGAUUAGAGAACGACCGAUUAUUGGUUUGGCCGAUAUUCUGUAUUUUCAGCAAUAUCGGUAUCGGCCAAUAAAGAUACAGAUAAUACACACUCUUAUUUACCUUUCCAGCAGCUCCCUUCAGCUCCCCUGUCUAAAGCUCGCGAGUUCCGUGGCUGUCAGAGCGUUGCCACGGGUUACCAUGGCAACAUGACACGCAGGCCGCGAGAGUUAGACAGGGGAGCUGAAGGUAGCUGCCGAGAAGGUAAGUAAGAGUGUGCAGGGCCACCCAGGGAAUGCUAUAUCCCCCCUCCCUGGCCAGGUAAGAAGCAGGGAGGGGGGGACACAAACAAAAUGUAAAAAAAUAAAUAUAUAAAAAAAAUACAAAUGCCCCCCCCCGUUUUACACACAUUACAUACCUGCACAAGCACACACACUCUACAUUCAUUAUAUACACUCACUGCACAAACACACACUCUGCAUUCAUUGUAUACACACACUACACAAACACACUGCAUUCACUAUAUCCAUACUACACAAACAUACACACUACACAAAUGCACACACUGCAUUAACUAAUCAAAUACUCUCACUGCAUCCACUACACACACACACAUUCUUAAAAACAUAAACCAUUCUGACUGGCAUGUAUAUUUUGUGCAUUUACUUUAAUAAAAAUUAAAAAAAAUAAUAAACGUGUUCAGUUAACAGUAUUUUUCAAAAUGGUAAAUGUACAAAAUAUCGGUAAGUUAUCGGCUAUCGGCCUGAAACUUCACAGAUUAUCGGGUAUCUGUAUUGGCUCUAAAAAAUCAAUAUCGGUCGAUCCCUACCUUGGAUAUCGUAUUGCUUCCUCAGCUACAAGGAGUCUACAGCAGAGAUAUCGAUGCUGAAUAUUGGAGCUCCGCUACACCCCCUAUUACCGGUCUCCUUGUACAUAAGAAGUUGGAUUUCCAGAAUUAAGUGGUUCCCAGAAUUCUUACUGCAGUCUCUUGUAUAGAUAAAAUAGCUGGUGUGUACAAUAUGCAAAGCACUAAAACUAGCUUAAAGGACCACUCUAGGCACCCAGACCACUUCAGCUUAAUGAAGUGGUCUGGGUGCCAGGUCCAGCUAGGAUUAACCCAUUCUUUUACAAACAUAGCAGUUUCAGAGAAACUGCUAUGUUUAUGAAUGGGUUAAGCCUUCCCCCAAUUCCUCUAGCGGCUGUCUCAUUGACAGCCGCUAGAGGCGCUUGCGUUUCUCACUGUGAUUUUCACAGUGAGAGCACGCCAGCGUCCAUAGGAAAGCAUUGUGAAUGCUUUCCUAUGACGGCUGAAUGCGCGCAGCUCUUGCCGCGCGUGCGCAUUCAGCCAACGGGGAGGAACGGAGGAGGAUCGGAGGCAGAGAGCUCCCCGCCCAGCGCUGGAAAAAGGUAAGCUUUUACCCCUUUCCUCUCCCCAGAGCCGGGCGGGAGGGGGUCCCUGAGGGUGGGGGCACCCUCAGGGCACUAUAGUGCCAGGAAAACGAGUAUGUUUUCCUGGCACUAUAGUGGUCCUUUAAUUUGUACACUGUAAUAUUAGAAACAUAGAAACAUGCGUAUUAGUGUUGUUAAUUUUUACAUAUAUAUUGUUUUUAACCUGAGUAUAAUUUCAAUUGUCUUUCAGGUAAAAUGGAUGAUGUAUUGGAUUGUGUUUGCGUUUUUCUCAACUGCGGAAACACUCACUGACAUUAUCCUCUCUUGGUAAGUAUUGUCUUCUUUACCUAACAGGCUGUUCACAGACCUCAAAUAUGAUUGACCUGUCAAUAAUACAAUACAAUUGAAUAGUCAUAAUAAACUUUUCCCAUUUAUUUUGUGUGUGUGUGUGAGUGUGAAAGGAUGCUUUAGGAAACAGAGCAGCUAUUCCAGUAAACUGAUUUUCUAAAAGCUCACACUGACCUGUCAUCCACAAAUCAUCGUGUAUUGAUUAAAUAAUAUAUAUUUACAUCCUGGAGACCUUCUUCAAACAUAGCAUGGUAUGGUAGCUAGACUGUGUGGAGGGGCUGUGCCGGUUAGAUGACAUGAGACACAUGACACACUUUUCUUGUCUUGCACCCUUGAUAAAGGCAGCCAGUUGGUGCCGAAACGUUGGGGGGUUUGGUGACUCGUGUUUCUGUCUGGAGGCUUGUAAGAAUUUUUGUGGUAAUUUACUAUUGUUUUAUUGUGUUUGCCCUUGCUUCUGUCACUUUGUUUAUCUUUUCUUAUAUGUUUUCACUCUGGUACUUUUUUGUACAUAAUAAAGCAAAGUUUUUUUUGAGAUUGUUAUAGUGUGCAUUCUAUAUUCUAUAUACAUUUGAAUAUUUAAAGCACUUGAGGGAGUGUUUAUAUGGUUUGCACCUGGCUGUUCUUAUACUAUUUUGUCUCUCCAUGUGCUGUUGUUUUGAGAGAAGUUGUGGGCCAACCAUGUAAUUUGAGGUAUUUGGGCAUCAUUAGAAGGAUUCUUUACUUCUAUGCCCAUAGAAUUGCUGUUACUCAGGAAGGUCAAAAUUCUACAACACUGAUAAGUUUAGGCAUGGCAGAUUUAUACAAUGGAGUUGGAAUUUCACACAAUAGACAAGUAUUUAGAGGUGGAAGCAGUAACUCAGUGAUUGCACCCCUGGGUUUUAACAUAAUCCUAAAUUUUGCUGAGUAAACCAUUGAUAGUACAAUUGUCGGUAUUUCCAUCUUACAUUGUUUCUGGGCCGUUAAAAUGAAUUUAACAGUAAAAGUUGUUUGUUCAUCAAUUCCGCUGUAUAGGAGUCCAUGUUACAGAUUAGUAAACAUUUCACUGUUGAGUGACAGGAUAGGAGAAUACGAAAUGGUUAAUAUCGAUCCAUUUGUGGGACAAUAUGGGGAGGAUGAGUGUGUGUGUGUGUUGCACACACAUGUUGAAACUAUAAAGUUGAUAGUUUCUCAAUAACUACUCCUUUUAGAUCACAGUUUGUCCUUUAAAUUAAAAAAAUAUACUUGUAUACUAACUACAUACCUGAAAUGGCUGCCCUGGCAUACUGGUUUGUUUAUUGGCGGUAGAGCAGAGAUUCCUGUUCUUACACACUAUCUUGUCUGUUGUUGUCCAUGCUCCUGAGCAACCUGCCCUGACUAAUUGUCUAAUAUACUGCCUGAGAAUCUGAGUUUCCUGCCCUGACUAAUUGCCUCAUAUAGUGUCUGAGAAUCUGAGUUUCCUGCUGUCACCAAUUGCCUCGUAUACUGUCUGUGACUAUAAGCAACCUGCCGUGACCAAUUGUCUAUUAUACUGUCUGUCAAUCUGGGCUUCCUUCCUUUGCGUGCCCCGUUACUGCAGAAGUCUCAGACUGUUUAUUUUUUUUAUUUUUUUUUUUAAUGGCUUGUCAGUUAGCCAUUUAAAUUCCAAACCUCUUUGGGAGGAGCCUGUAGUUGGAGUUGCCCUUGGUGAUACCAUUUUGGAUAAUCCAAUUAAUUAACUCCAACAGGAUUUUGUAUAUGCUUCUCAGGGAUUCUGUAUUAGUUAAAGGACCACUACGAGUAUGUUUUCCUGGCACUAUAGUGCCCUGAGGGUGCCCCCACCCUCAGCGUCCCCCUCCCGCCCGGCUCUGGAAGGGGGAAAGGGGGAAAAACGUACCUUUUUCCAGCGCUGGGCGGGGAGCUCUCCUCCUCCGUUCCUCCUCCUGGGCUGAAUGCGCACGCGCGGCAAGAGCUGCGCGCGCAUUCAGCCCGUCGCAUAGGAAAGCAUUUACAAUGCUUUCCUAUGGACGCUUGCGUGCUCUCACUGUGAAAAUCACAGUGAGAAGCACGCAAGCGCCUCUAGUGGCUGUCAAUGAGACAGCCACUAGAGGAUUAGGGGGAAGGCUUAACCCAUUAAUAAACAUAGCAGUUUCUCUGAAACUGCUAUGUUUAUAAAAAAAUGGGUUAACCCUAGAAGGACCUGGCACCCAGACCACUUCAUUAAGCUGAAGUGGUCUGGGUGCCUAGAGUGGUCCUUUAAUUAUUUUUAGACAAUUUCUACUUGCGAGUGUUCCUAAACAUAGCAUGACACCCGUAAACAUUUUGACUUGUAUCUUCAAUGUGCACAUCAAUCUUGAACUAUUAGGUUGUUCGCUGACUAUCUCUGGGCCAUUUGCCCAGCUCCUUUCAUAUUCGUAUAAAUACUCUUGCAACUAGUAAGGCCAUUUCAGAAGGAAUUGAAUAGGUCUUAUUUAAACCAAUUUGGGGGAGAGUUUUGUAAGCUUUAGUAGAAAGCGCGCUCUCCAAGAUGUAAGACAGCCAAAGAGGGCCAUUUUGUUUUAAGGGUGUGGUUGUAGGUGUGCCCUCAGAGUGCGGCUAUUUUAGAAUAUUUUUGGUGGCUUCAUACCAAGAACCAAUCACGUAGUGUAGUGCAAAUAAACAAGCCUUCAUCUUCUAACCUAUUAUAGGCUUUCUGUGGUUGUCCAAUCACAAGCUUCCCAAUGCAGCUCAAUAAAAAGUCUUUGCAAGAGAUACUUGGUGAAACAACCAAGAUGUAACAGUUGCCUGACAGCCAUUUAAGUAUAAUAAGGUUAGUUCAUAAAAGGGUCAAUUUCUAUUAAAACUUUUUGUAAGAUGAAAAAAAGAGGACAAACUUUUCAAACAGAAAUCACUUCAGCAAGUUAAAGUGCUUUAACCCCUUAAGGACCAAACUUCUGGAAUAAAAGGGAAUCAUGACAUGUCACACAUGUCAUGUGUCCUUCUGGGGUGACCCUUUAAUGGUGUGUGAUUUUUUCAUUUUAUUGCUCUGAAGCAUUGCAAUACAAUACUAAAAAUCACAAAUUCUGUGCUCUUACAAAAUUCCAUUUGUAUAGACUAUAACACAGGGGCAUUUAGAUCCAAAACAAUCGAUGUACAUUGUAAAGAAUGACACUUUGGAAAUAUGCAACUGAGUGAAUAUACUUUUGACCCUGUUGCCUUUAUAUGCUACAAAAGUUUUUGUUUUUUUUGUUUUGUUUUUUACAUUGGUGAAUCUGAAAUUUUAAAAAGCAAGGCAAAUGACAUACAGUGCAAACAUUUUGAAAUAAACAAAUUAUAUGGGAAGGCCAUAGUCAAGGUAAAGCUUUCAAAGAAAGACCAUCCAUUCAGACAUCAAUGAAUUGACAAUGCAAACUGUAACAGUGGCAAUCAGCUGAAAUUGUUUUCCACAAGCUGCAAAAAAAAAAAUAUACAGUGUACUUAAAUGGAUAAUGUAGAUGCUUUUUGCGUUAUGUCCUGUGUCACUUUUUCUUUUGUUGAUUCUUUUAAAUUGUUUCAUUACAGUCAAUGUCAUUUUCUUUUUCUAAUAAAAGCCGAUUUUAAAGCAAAAAAUAAAAUUUAAAAAGUGCUCGCCACACAAAGUAGUCUGUUGCAUUAAAACCAGUAAACUUUAAAAAAAAUAUCCUUGAUUUAAAGGAACACUCCAUGCAUCCAAGCACCAUAACCACUACUGCUUGCCCCCCCCCUUUUCGCUCCCUUUGUAAGUAGUCAAACUAUUUAAAACAUUUUUUACUGACUACCUGUCAUUCUCUAUCUCUACUACUUCUGUUAUCUGUCCUGAGCUAAGCCCUGCAUUGCUGAGCCUAGUUAAUUGGUUGAGAGCAUCAGGUGAUCACUCUUACCCAAUGUAUGAAGCCCUGCACUGCACACAAGAGCUAGCAAAGGUUUCUGCUUAAAAAAACACUAUAAUUACUGACCUUGGUGACGCGACGCAGAAACUCAUAGAAAAGUUUUGAACUCAAUGCUUUCUUGUAAGGAGCUUAAAUACGUGUGCAGCAUCUGCCACAUAUGAACAUUAGGUUCCCAGUGCUCCUCAUUGCAUUGGACCAUCAAGGAUGUUACAGAAGAGGUGAGCACCGAGCUUCCGCGCUGGAUAAAGCAAAACUGUAAUUUUCUUAAUUUUUUUGGUAACCUGCUGGGUGACCUAGAUAUAACUAGGGAGACUGGCAGUAUAGUGUUAGUAAUACAGGUUUAUAUUUCUAAUGCUGUAGUGUUCCUUUUAAAAAGUUCUGGCUCUCUGAGUUAGUUAGUGGUGGCGGAAAGAGGGGACUGGUGAAUCCCAAACAAGAAAUUAAUCCAUUCAAAAACAGUUUGGGUACUUAUGAUGGGGGACGCCAGCCCACCCCUGGCACCAUAACCACCACAGCAAGCUGUAGUGGUUAUGUUGCUUGGAGGGUUCAUUUAAUAACAUCACUUUCUCACUGGCAAUAAUCUGAAAAUAAAUCUAGAUGCAGCCGAGCAUUGCUCUCUUAACAAGCAUGACCUCACAUACAAGGACAAAUCGUGAAUUCAGCCAUUUCACCAAUCUGAUGGAUGUGUCUGUAAAUAAGACAUUGCAGUGCAGGUGUAAGGUGUGACUGUUGAUGAUGCGUUUUGCUAACUAUUUAUGCAAGUACUAGUCUACUCUGUGUGUUUGCGAAGUAGUCAUUUAAAGAAAUAGUUAUUAUUUAUUUUUAGUUUUCCUGUUCAUUUUCUACCUACAAAUAAUUCUGCAAUGUUUUAGGGACAAAUACCAUUUGAGUAGUUACAGUUGCCUUUAUAUAACAUCAUAAACAUCAAGGAUUCCUUCCCUGGUAUCCUAAGUAUCUGUUUAAACAGAGGACUGGAACUAAACAGAACCGUUAAAAAUGGGCAUUGUUUUUUUUUUUUCUAGAAAUGACUGCUUACUAAAAAUAAACCUGACUAACUCUACUUCACACUCUCUUUAGCUCUGUCAGGGGUAGGCAGCCUUUGGCACUCCAGAUGUUGUGGAUUACAUUUCCCAUAAUACUCUUACAGCCAUACGGAUGGCAAAGCAUCAGGGUAGAUGUAGUCCACAAUAACUGGAGUGCCAAACGUUGCCUACCCCAAAUUACACAAUUCAGUUUUCAAUGCACCACAAUUAAUAUUCUAGUGAAUAGACCCUGCUGGGGAAUUUCUGAGAAUUACUGAGAAAAUUAAAAAUAUGUAAAUUAUUAAUAUCCAGUCAUUAAAAAUAUCUGAGGUGGGGAAUUGUUCCAAUGUUAUUUUGGUCUACAAUUUGCUAUUUAGAAAAGCUAGUGAAAUAUAAAGGGUAGAUGAACAAAAACCUGAAAAAAUGGUGCUUGUGGCAAGUGCCUUGUAUGUCUUAUACUAAGUAUAAGCAGUAUAGGAGACCUAGCGUUUCAUAUUUGUGUCCAGUACCUCUGCGAUUUUAUUAACUUUACUUACUCAACCAACCCUGCCAUGCUACACAACUUCCAGUGAACGUUAAAGGCAUAGAGAGGCUCAGUAAACUAUUGAGAGAGAAAAUAUUAAAGGAACACUAUAGUCACCUAAAUUACUUUAGCUAAAUAAAGCAGUUUUAGUGUAUAGAUCAUUCCCCUGCAAUUUCACUGCCCAAUUCACUGUCAUUUAGGAGUUAAAUCACUUUGUUUCUGUUUAUGCAGCCCUAGCCACACCUCCCCUGGCUAUGUUUGACAAAGCCUGCAUGAAAAAAAACUGGUUUCACUUUCAAACAGAUGUAAUUUACCUUAAAUAAUUGUAUCUCAAUCUAUAAAUUGAACUUUAAUCACAUACAGGAGGCUCUUGCAGGGUCUAGCAAGCUAUUAACAUAGCAGGGGAUAAGAAAAUCUUAAUUAAAUAGAACUUGUAAUAAAGAAAGCCUAAAUAGGGCUCUCUUUACAGGAAGUGUUUAUGGAAGGCUGUGCAAGUCACAUGUAGGGAGGUGUGACUAGGGUUCAUAAACAAAGGGAUUAAACUCCUAAAUGGCAGAGGAUUGAGCAGUGAGGCUGCAGGGGCAUGUUCUAUACACCAAAACUGCUUCAUUAAGCUAAAGUUGUUCAGGUGACUAUAGUGUCCCUUUAACUUAAUUCCAUAGUGCAUGACGUGUAAGAUAUCAUUGCCCCUCCUGUCUGAUACAGUGGACAGCUAGUGGGAGCAAAGCGUUAAGAGAUGAUAUAUGUUUAAAAAGACACUAUAGUCACCAGAACAACGACAGCUUAUUUUGUUUGUUCUGGUGAGUAUAAUCAUUCAUGUCAGGCAUUUUGCAGUAAACACUGUCUUUUCAGAGAAAAUGCAGUGUUUACAUUACAGCCUAAUGAUCACUCCACUGGCCACUUCUCAGAUGACUGCUAGAGGUGCUUCCUGGGGCAGUGCUGCACAGUGUGGAGCACUGCCAUUCAGUGUCUCCACCCUCUGCAUGCAGACACUGAAAUUCCCUCAUAGAGAUGCAUUGAUCCAGUGUAUCUCUAUGAGGAGAUGUUGAUUUGCCUUACCGGUGUUUGGCUUGUGUUGGUUUUGCCCUAGGGAUGCGCCGAAAAUGGGACUAUCCCGUUUCUGCCGAAAAUGGGUCAAAUUUGCAGAAAUAUAUUUUUUUUAUACUGCAUAGUUUAACAGACAUGCUUGCAUUAACAAUUCAGAUGAAUAUAUAUUACAAUGAAAGAUAGUAAGGAUAACAUGAAAAGUCUAGAAUACUGCACUUGGGACAGGGGUGAAGAACACUAUGGGACAGGGGUGGGUGGGGGGAGAACACUAUGGGACAGGGGAGUAGGGAUCGACCAACAUAAUCGGCCGAUAUUCAGUAUUUUCGGUAAUAUCAGUAUCUGCCAAUAUAGGUACCGAUAUUGCCGAUAAUACCUCCUAGCUUGUUAAGUACUGGGGGGCCGGCAGGAAGCCUUUCUUGCCUUUCUUCCUUACCUUUCUUGCAGCUCCUCCAGCUCCCCAGUGCAAAUCUCGCGAGACCCGCGGCUGCAGAGCGUUGCCACGGGUUACUAUGGCAACGCUCCGCGCAGCACUAAGGGCCACGAGAUUUACACAGGGGAGCUGGAGAAGCUGCAAGAAAGGUAAGGAACAUCUUCCUGCCGGCCCCCCCAGUACUUAACAAGCCACCGGACCACCAGGGAAUACUACAUCUCCCCUCCCUGGUAAGAAGCAGGGAGGGGGGACUAAACAAACAAAAAAAAAAUGCCCCCCCAUUUUACACAAAUUACAUCACUACACAAACACACAAACACACACACUGCAUUAUAUACGCACACACACUACACACACACACACUACACAUACACACACUGCGUUAUAUACACAAACACACACUACACAAACUGCAUUAUAUACACACACUACUCAAACACACACUGCAUUAUAAACACACGCACUACACAAACACACACACUACACAAACACACACACACACACUACACUCACACACUGCAUUAUAAACACACGCACUACACAAACACACACACUACACAAACACACACACACACUACACUCACACACUGCAUUCACUAUACUCACACACUACACAAACACACACACUGCAUUCACUAUAUAUAUACACACUCACUGCAUUCACUAUACCACACUACACAAACACUCACUGCAUUCACUAUACACACUACACAAACACACUCUGCAUUCAUUAUAUACACACAAUACACUAAUACACACAGCUCCCCUGUCUAAACACACUUCAUCCACUACAUGUGGCAUGUAUAUUUUGUGCAUUUACCUUUAGAAUUAGGUUAUUUUUUCAAAAUGGUAAAUGUACAUAAUAUCGGCAAGUUAUCGGCUAUCGGCCUGAAAGUUCACAGAUUAUCGGUAUCGGCUCUAAAAAAAAUCAAUAUCGGUCGAUCCCUACUGGGGAGAGGGGAGGGGGAAACACUAUGGGACUGGGGAGGGGGGUGAAGAACACUAUGGGACUGGGGAGGGGGGUGAAGAACACUAUGGGACUGGGGAGGUGAAGAACACUAUGGGACUGGGGAGAGCAUGGGACUGGGGAGAACACUAUGGGACUGGGGAGAACACUAUGGGACUGGGGGGGAGAACACUAUGGGACUGGGGUGGAGAAGAUGGGACUGGGUGGAGAACACUAUGGGACUGGGGUGAGAACACUAUGGGACUGGGGGUGGAACACUGGGACACUAUGGGACUGGGGAGGGAGAACACUGGGACUGGGGGGGGGUGAAGAACACAUAGGACUGGGGGAGAACACAUGGGACUGGGGAGAACACUAUGGGACUGGGAGAACACUAUGGGACUGGGGACUGGGGAGACACACCAUGGGACUGGGAGGGGGACCAACUGGGGAGAACACUAUGGGACUGGGGGGAGGGACACUAUGGGACUGGGGAGGAGAACAUAUGGGACUGGGGAGGAGAACACUAUGGGACUGGGGGAGGAGAACACUAUGGGACUAGGGGAGGGACACUAUGGGACUAGGGAGGGACAUUAUGGGACUGGGGAGAACACUAUGGGACUGGGGACUAUGGGAUAGGGGGGAAACACUAUGGGAUGGGGAGAACACUAUAGGGGGAAACACUAUGGGAUAGGGAGGGGGGAAACACUAUGGAAUAGGGAGGGGGGGGACACUAGAGGGGGGAUAGAGGAACAUUAAACAGGGGGGACCACUAAGGGAGAAGGGAAGUUUUUCAUAUUAGAAUUAAUUACAUUCAUUAAAAAGUCUAAUAUUAUUAAAAUUAUAGGAAAAAAACUUUUAAAAAAUCAGUUGGGGGGAAAAAAGUCGUUUUUUUUGGUUUUCGGCCAAGGGCAUCCUGAAUUUUUGGUUUCAGCCCAGAAUUUUAAUUUCGAUGCAUUCCUACUUCGCCCCUGACCUGCCUCAUUCACAGGCUCAAGAGAAAGGAUUGUGACUGGCUCAGAGAAUCACUUCUGAUGAUGUCAGCCAAACAGGCAGAUCAGGGACAGAGCCAACAGCUGCAGACUUGAAAAAAGUAAGAUUUUUCUAUAUUUAGGGAAGCAAGGGGAGGGUCAGGGGGACUAGAUGGUGGUUUUAAUACUAUAGGGUCAGGGAUACAUGUUUGUGUUUUUGAUCCUAUGGUGUUCCUUUAAUAUUAUAACAUGAAGAUUAUAUUAAGAUAUGACAAAUUUGAAAGAAAGUAAUACUUUAACAGGGCUUGAAGGGUUCCAGAAAUAUUACUUAGAAACAUUACAAAGCUGUAUGAAAAGUAUUGAAGGCUGUUGACCUUCCAAAUACAGAAAUACAUCUAUACAUUAUAUUGAAAAAUGUUCAGCCCUCACAGAUAUGCAGAUUAUCCAUGGGAAGGUCAUUUUUAAAGGAACACUGUAGUAGUUAUUGUGCCCAGAGUGCCCUUGCACCACCCAAUAUAAGUAGUCAAAUCGUUUUCUAACAGUCUUACUACCCGAGGCCUGCAACAUGCCCUUUCCUUUUCAUGGCUUAGAGCUGGAAACUCCUACUUCCAGAGGUUUUGUUAGCCGUCCCAAGCGCAAAUGGUUUAAAUACAUACCUUGCGGAUGGGAGAUGGCAAUUUUCUGUUAAUUGUCAACCAAGUUAAAAAGUUUGAACAAUAUUAUAAAAGGUGUAAGCGGAUAACGGUGUGUAUUUUUAAGAUGCAUGCAGUAUUGAGCAGCUGUGACUAAUGUAAAACAAGUCAUUGAGUCUUCUUCUGUGGCAAACAUCCUGUAUUAAUAUUAGUUAGAUUUUUAUAUACAAUUGAUAGAGUGAACCAUAAUUAGAUCCAUGCCAUUAGUUAAAUUUACUAACAAGGUCCUGCUGAAGCAUGUCUAAAACCUAAUCGGCUGUGACGCGGCACAUGGCCUAGAAUGGCAUGAUUCUCCAGAUACAAGUCUGUUUUAUCCCACGUGAAGUACCAGGAGGUUUUAAAGGGAUUCUGUGUUCUAGAAAACAAAUCUGCAACAAAUGUUCAGAUUCAAAGAAUAUACAUACGCAAAGAUUCAUAUAGGGUUAUUUACAAAAGUGAGAAUUCAAAGGGAAUUUCAAAGUUAAGGCCAGAGUAGCCAAACUGAAAGCACAGGUGACUUGGAGAAUUUCUCCAGCAUGGCUAUUUUGACCUUAAAUUUGAAAUUCAAUUUGAAUUCUCACUUAAGAUAUGGUUAUUCAUUAAAGUAAGAUUUUAACGUAAACUUCAAAUUUAGAGCCAAAGUAGCCAAACUGGUAGCAUUUCCUGAUUUUUUUCUGGACCGGUGACUUUGACCUUUUCAUCUUGCAAUUGAAAAUGGAUGCAAGUGUCUCCAAUGAUGUGCAUCCAAUAAUACACUGUUUUCAUCUGCCAUGUUUGUAGGUUGGUGUUAUUCUGUACAUCUUAAAGGGACACUAUAGUCACCCAGACCACUUCAGCUCAAUUAAGUGGUCUGGGUGCCAGGUCCCCCAGGUUUUAACCCUUCAGAUGUAAACAUAGCAGUUUUAGAGAAACUGCUAUGUUUACAUUGCAGGGUUAAUCCAACCUCUAGUGGCUGUCUUCCUGACAGCCGCUAGAGGUGCAUUUGCGAUGCUGGAUGCGAAAUUUGCAUUCAGUGUGCAGAACGUCCAUAGGAAAGCAUUGAGAAAUACUUUCCUAUUGACUGUUUGAAUUUGCCGGCGGCUCUUGGCGCGCAUGUGCAUUCCGCUCCACUCGGGAGCUGUCGUCGACGGGGAGGAGAGGUCAGCAGCGCCGAGGGAGCCAGACGCUGGAUAAAGGUUUCUAGCCCCUUCAGCGCCAUGGGAGGGGGACCCUGAAGGUGGGCGGAGUUUAUUUUCCUGACACUAUAGUGAUCCUUUCAUUCAGCAGGGAAAUUGUACUGGUACUUUAGACUAGGUGAAAAUCAUUUACAAAGCAGGACAGACAUUAGGGCUAUUUCAUGUUUGUUCUGAUGGUAUCCCUUUAACAGUUGCUUUUAUAAAACAAACAUAACGUAAACUAAGAACGAGAUGUUUAUUCAGUGAACAUAUCUUGAAUUGCAAGCCACAUUGCUACAUUAGGCUAAAAUAAUCAAGCUAUGACUAUAUCUCAGUUGGAGGAUUUUUCCAAAUCAGCUAGUUUGGCCUACAUUUUACAGUUCUGUUUUUCAAUUCACAACAAUUUGGGCCGCUGAAUGUCCCUUUAACAGGGAAGAUAUUUUUUUCCAUCACCACUGAAUGUUAUUUUGAUAGAGAUACAAUUUAUCUACGCCUUUACAUCAUUGAUAAAAUAAUAUCAUGUUCCGGUGGGAUAAGCACUGGGUAUCACUUUAUAUGACAAACUCUUGCUGCUGCAAUAUAUUUAACCCUGAUAACUUGUUUUGUUGUUCUUUUGUGAUAGUGUUAUAAAGAAUUCUACUCUGUGAUUUAACCCAAAUACUAAUUUCCAGCAAUUUUCCUUGCCAGGUUCCCGUUCUAUUUCGAAUUAAAAAUAGCAUUUGUAAUAUGGCUGCUCUCGCCGUACACUAAAGGCUCUAGUGUACUUUAUAGGAAAUUUGUCCAUCCAACACUCUCCAGUAAGGAAAAGGUGCGUCUCUUCUGUAAAAUAUUUACUAAACAUAUAUGUGCAUGCACUUUUAAUUGUGUAUUUAAAAAGCAUAGAAGAUUUAGAACACCAAGACAUGACUAAAACCUGGGACAGUCCUGGGAUAGAGAUAAGCACUUUCUAUUAAAUAAAUGUUUUCAUUUUGUGAUUUUUUUUUACAAUUCAGCAAGUUGUAUAGUAAAACAUACUAAAAUCUGAAGAUGUAAAUUUUUUUUAUCAACAUGGCAGUUACAUAGGAGUUCUCAUAGGUCUCGUGAAUAAUAUCUCACUUCAAGCGAAUCAAGAUCAAUUCAAAGUGAAUUGCAGGAAAAAUAAAUGAGGGUAAGGUCCCUUUAAAUGUGUCCUCCAAAUCUUAAGGGCCUAACCAUAUAUUUAGUACAACAAGAGAAAUGUUCCGUCUCGGAACCAGAGUAUUUGGAGUGGCACUGAUGAAUAGAGCUAAACCAUAUUGCAGUGAAAAAAACGUUCCAAUAAACACAAAUGUGAAAAAACCAAGUGAAGUUAAAUACUAUAUUAGAUACACCUACGCAUGCUAAAAUUGUGGUAAAUUACCUUUAAUAUAUUGCUUGGAAAGCCAUGCAUGGUAUGUAUACUAAACAGUUAGGAGAGGAGGAAGAAAUAUCAUAGAGUGGAGAGAUACUUAUGAAGGGACUAAUAGCGUCCUCAGAGAUACAUGUGAGGAUAAGUAUAUAGUCUGAGACACUUUCUAAAUUAUCUCACAAAGAGCUCCACUAAAGAUAAACUAUAUAGGGAAACUAAAGGGGACUUAAAGGACCACUAUAGUGCCAGGAAAACAAACUUGUUUUCCUGGCACUAUAGUGCCCUGAGGGUGCCCCCACCCUCAGGGUCCCACUCCCGCCGGGCUAAAGGGGGAGGAAGGGGGUUAAAAACUCACCUUUCUCAAGCUCCGGGCUCCCUCGGCACUGGGGACUCUCCUCCUCCUUCGGUCGUCAUCGGCUGAAUGCGCAUGCGCGCGCAUUCAGCCAGUCCAUAGGAAAGCAUUCUCAAUGAGACAGCCACUUGAGGCUGGAUUAACCCUAAAGUAAACAUAGCAGUUUCUCUGAAACUGCUAUGUUUACAGCUGGCAGGGUUAAUCCUACAUGGACCUGGCACCCAGACCACUUCAUUAAGCUGAAAUGGUCUGGGUGCCUAUAGAGGUCCUUUAAUCCUAAAAGAUAUAGCGAGGGAGAAAUGAAACAACGUAAAAGACAGUCAGCAUCUACCUAAGGUAAACAGUAUGUAGUGGUAGGUGGAAAUAAAUAAACAAUAAAGUAUCGAAUGAGACUCCAACUCACUAGAUGCUCAAAAGAUAUUAUGUAGCAGCUAGCGAGAUCCUUAGUCUAUUAAGCUAUAUAAUAUAGCUAUUCCACAGAAGGUUAGCACUCUAAUAUGCUCAGAAAGGUAACCGCUAAAAAUACUAAAUGUUCGGUACAGGUUAUACCAGGAAAGACCCGCUAUAGACUGAGACUAGUAACCGUUCCACUACCUGAAUACCCUCAACAGAUCGUACACCUAAGCUCAAGGACCAAUUAUAUAAUAGUAAAUCCCUCAGGACUAGAAUAGCACAAUGUUAUAUAUGAAGUCACUGAUACCGGUGAAAUCUGACCGGACUGAGGAGGAAUUCCCAACUACUCCUCUAAGUGCCCUCAAUAGAGUUAAACUUAAAUAUCCUUGGUUAACGCUAAGGGUAAAGGUACUAAAGAGAUCUGACGAAGUUCGGACCCUUAGAGUAGAGAGGUGAAUUGCAAUUUUAAGACCAAAGUAGCUGAUCUAUAUUUUUCUUUUUGAGUUUUGGCGAUUUUGGCCUUUAAUGUGAAAUCACUAUGAAUUUGCGACAGUUUUCUAUUUUGUAAAAAGCCCUGUGUGUAGCAAGUGCUCCUAAACUAAUUAGAUUGCAAUACUACAAUAUGGAUUCAGGAACAGACAGAAAAAUUAAAUCUAAUUCAUGAGCAGUUAGAUUUAAGGUGCUUACCAAUGUCCUAGGACUUUUUUUGGUUUUGUUAAUGUGUUCUGUUUUUUUUUUUUUUAACAGUCCAGCUUUUAACAUUUAUACAUUACUGAACAUCUCAGUAGGGAAUAUUGACGUGAUCUCUUAACAUUUAGGAGAUAAUUCCCUCUAAUUGCUGCUAAUCGUGCGUACGUCCGCAGCUCCCUUCUUCUAAAAUACUGCAGCCUGACUGUGUGUGACUGUCUUCUAAUAUAAAAUUUACUACUUGGCCUUCAUUCACAUCUCUAAAUGUACGUUAAGUCAGUGAGUCCUCAGUAUUUGCCAUAUAUAAAAUAAAAUCAGAAUAUAAAAAAAAAAAAAAAGCAUGUCCCAGUUAAAUGUCUGGAUUCGCUAACAGUGGUAAUGCACAAGUUGGGGAAAACCGGUAUUUAUUUGAGAUCUAUCCUAAAUGGCAAAAGGCCCACAAACUUGAUUAUUUAAGUCGAAUCCCCAAUGAUUUAAGUGAAGAGCUGACACUCCAAACUGGUGAGGCAGUCAGCUCUACUCAACAAAUAGUUUGCUGUGAUCUUGGAAGUUUAGCUAACAACAAUAAAGGUUUUAUUUGAUAUUUACCUAAUUCCCCUCUUGCUUUGUUAAUGCGAAGAUCAUAUAUACAUAAUCUAACAUACUGAUUAUAAACAUACAUUCAGUGAACAGUGUGUUUUAGUAACAUUUCGAAGGAAUCACACCUUAGAAAUACCUUAAGGUAGUACAGAGGUAGGCAACCUUCGACACUCCAGAUGUUUUGGACUAUAUCUCCCAUGAUGCUUUGCCAGUAAUAUCGCUGUAAGUGCAUUAUGGGAGAUGUGGUCCACAACACCUGUAAUGCAAAAGGUUGCUUACCCCUUGGAUAGAAGUAGAACAUUAUGUAAUCAUUCCUGCAUCAUCAUUCAAUCUGUUUACCUGCCUUUUGGUAUUGAAUGGUAAUCUUCUAAACAAUGUGUUUUUUGUUUCUGACCUUUCAGGAAAUUGAUGAAUAUAUUGCCCAGGCAAGGGACAAGAGUUAUGAAACAAUGAUGCGUGUUGGUAAAAGAGGUUUGAAUAUCGCUGCAAGUGCCGCCGUAACUGCUGCUACCAAGGUACUGUUAGUAAUAUGUGUUUUUCUAUAAACUGGAUGUUAGUUUAUUGUUUUUGUUUGUCAAUCUUUCUUUUAUUAAGGCAAUUGAUUUGGGUGGUACAGUAUAAAGAAAGAGAGUUGAACGAGAUGUAUACAAGAUAGGGAUAUCACAGCACAGUUUAACAACUCCUAGAUAUGACUGCCUCAUUUUUUAAUAAUUAAGUAAAAUAUAAACACGCUAAACUGUUGCGUCAAGACUAUGAACAGAUGUAACGUUUUAAACAUUAAAGAUUUUGUUUGCUAGAGUUAAUUAAAGAAGUUAUAUCAUGGCCUGUAAGAUUUGGUAAGCAUUUUGCACACAUUGAGACAGGAUACUACUAUAGAGCGAUACUUGUGAGUUACUCUGAAAGUAGGCUGAGCUUAUUGAUAGUAUGAUCGAUGUAUGUGAUAAAACAAAAAAUGCUAGAUUUACAAAGGGAGAAAGAAAUACCACUGAACCCUUCCUUAUCAUAUGGCACUACCCACAGUAUAAACUAGAAGAAAGUAUGGUAUUAAUGGCAAAGGGUGAAGAAUUGGCAUGUAAGCAAUAACGGAGUGUGUGUCAAGUACAAUAAAGACUUAUACAAAACUGCAGGCACGAAGUGUGAUGUUGCAUGUAAACAAGGAGAUUACUAGGUUGUUCAGGCUAUGCCUCUAGUGAGCUAAGCUAGGGAGGCAGAUGUGUGAGGAAAGAGCAGUUCACACUAUGCAACGGGAGGGCCAUGGCUCAAAGUCCAGCUGCGUACCGCAAACAAUGGGACCACCGUUCCAGGGACAAGUUCAGACUGAAUAUAGGCGAGGGAUCGUCUCCACACCAAGCUUAUUGCUGGUAAAGAGGUGCGCACAAUGUCGGCAGAUCGGCCAUUUCCACCAAAGUUUGGCACGGCCUCCUUUGUAGGCCUUAGUCUCUGACAGGAAAGGUAUGGCGCAGAACACCCUGGAUAGGGCUCAAUACGAUGCGCUGGCUCAUGCAGUCGCCAAUAUGUUGUUUAGGUUGUCAAAUUGCUUGAGUUUUAGGCACAAAUAACUGAAAUUAGUUAGUGUCCUUUGGGAGCUACUGAGAGACACGUCCAGCCAUGUUGGACGUCAGGCCUCCCCCCACCUCUAUUUUUUUUUUUUUUUUUUUUAAUCACCCCUUACACAGAAAUCUCACACAGGGUUAUUCAUUAAAACUCAAUUAAAGUCUGAAUGGCAAAAUUUAAGCUAAAAUAUCUGACGUGGAAAAAUUCACCAACUCUGUUAGACACCGCUUGGCUAUUUUAGCCUUAAUUUUGCUGUUAGAAUGUAAAGAAUCCUUGACAUAGAUUUUUUUUUUUAACUAAAUAGUGUGUUUAGGUAACUGCCAAACCGAAUUGUAAACUGUACAGUGUCUGGUGACUCUAUAGUCACCAGAACCAUUACAACGUAAUGUAGGGGUUAUGGUGUGUAAAGUCAGUCCCGGCAGUGUUGUGCGGCACUGGUGUUCAGCGUCUCCACGCUCUGUAUGGAGACACUGAACGUAACCGAUAGAGAUGAACUGAUUCAAUGCCUCUCUAUGAGGUGAUGCUGAUCGUGAACAAAUUAUACCAUUUAGUUUUCAAUGCAUCAGUUUAGUUUACAGACCCUGCUGGGCCGUUUCUGGGAAUUGAUGCGAAAAUUGCAAAUUUAAAGUCAAUUUCCAGCCAUGAAAAAUAGCCGAGCUUGCAAAUUGUUCCUAUUUGGUCAUUUUGGCCUGAAAUGUGCUAUUUCGAAAAGCUAGUGAAAAAUCAAUUCAGUACAGGAUAGAUUCACAGAAACUAGCCAAAUGUACCUACAGGUGAGUUGGAGAAUUUUUCUGAAUCUAAUUUACUUUUUUUUUUUCAAUUCACUACAAUUCACUGCCUCUUGGUUUAACUGCUCUAAUAAUUUCUUAGCAGAGUAAUAUAGCCAGAUUUUUCAUAAUUCCCAGGAGUGACACUAUUAUUGUUUAGUGGUGUAAUAUGAGGUGUAAUCAGAAAGUUUUGGGUAUCUUCAUAACUUAAGGUGUUUGAAAACGUUACUUAGAAUGAAACAGAGUUGUUAAAGGGAUACUGUAAUACCAGGAAUACAAAGCUGUAUUCCUGGCACUAUUGCUCGCCCUGCCUCCCCUCUCCCUGGUAAAUAAAGGGUUAAAAACCCUUUAUUUACUUACCUAUUCCCAGCGCCGAUGCGCCACCCCCUCCUCUGUCCUGCGACAAGGGGGGUCUAGAGCCGCUCACGCAUUAGACCUUCCCAUAAGAAAGCAUUAAAUCAAUGGUUUGCUAUGGGAAAAAUCUGAUGCUGGAUGUCUUAGAGCUGCAAUGUAAACAUUGCAGUUUCUAUGGAACUGCAGUGUUUUACAUUGCACCAUGAAGUGCAAAAGGGGCACUGCACCCAGACCACUUCAGUGAGCUGAAGUGGUCUGGGUGCCUACAGUGUCCCCUUAAUGUACACUUCUUCAAGGACUUUGGGUCUCCUUCUAAAAGGACAUGCUUUGGAGGUAAGUAAGUCCUGCUGAAGAUAUAAUUUGUAUUAAAACAAAGAUGUUGAUCAGAGGCAUGUGCAGGGUUAAAUCUCUCAAUAGUUAAACACGGUCUCCGUACAAAAAAGUGUUUAAAGUGAUAUAUUUUAAUUAUUUUAGAUCCAUUCCAUUACGCCAUUAUUGAAAAAAAAACAAAAAAAAACACAAGUAUAAAUAUACUCUGCAUUGCACCAUCUACAAAUAGAGAGUUCUGAUCUGAGAAAUGUGGCUUUUGACAAAUCCGUACCUUUUGUUAUGUUCUUUUUCAGGGACAAGGUGUGUUGUCAGAGAAGUUGCGCAGUUUUAGUAUGCAGGAUUUGACAUUAAUUCAGGACAAUGAUGCUGUCCACAUGCAGAACCCAGAACCUCGGUUACGCAGCGCGUCUAGUGGGCUGGUGGAAACAAUCGCGGAUCCAGGUAAUGUGUGGUUGUACUAAGUAGUCAGAGCGGUGGUUCUUAACCAUUAUUGACAGGGACCCAAAUUAUAGAAAUGGUAUUGGGAACCCAUUCUUUAAUUUUCAAACCAUUUUUCAACUGUAUUCUUAUAUAUAACAAAUCAAUUCUGUAAAACGCCUUCAUGAGACUCUAUAUCAGCGUCUGAAGGUCUCCGGUGCACUUGAGAAUUCAGUGUCGCUACACUAACAGUUUAUUGCAGGCAGUUCCCUGGAGACUGAUCAAUAGUAUGUGCGUAUUCCAACUGCUGGAGACCUAAUUUUGGAUCCCAGCCCAAGGUUUAGGAACCAUUGGGUUACACUUUGUGGCACUUUUUCAUCUGCAAGGGUAAAUGAAACCAAAUGUGGUGUGUGCUGGGAGCUGUACAGUUGGUCCUCAACCAGCUCAGCCAUGUCAGAUGGAUGCUACAGCAGGAUUGUGUAUAGUAGCAAAGGGAUUGAACGUGCCUAAUGUAGGAGUUGGAAACAAAAUAUCAUUGCUGAUUAGGAGAUUGUAUUUUGUUGUAACUCUGCUACCAUCAGACAUAACACCACAUACUAAAGAUCCCCCAACUUCCAGAUUGUCCCCCCGAGACAUGGUACGCUUCACACCAGUGAGGAAACCCUAUACUUUUAUAGUGGACCUGUUAGUGAGUUGUGUGCUGCUGAAACACAUUGCUUGUGACGUCAAGUGUCAUGGAACCCUCUUGGCUGGGAAUAGUGGGGAGUAACGGCACCGCCACUUAUUUGUCUCUGCAAAGAAGAAUCCACACUGCACGCACUGCAAGCUGAUGCUCAGGUAUAAUGUUGGAUAUGUAGACUAUGCAGGUAAGAUAUGGAAAUAAGUGUGUUUAUUCUAAAUAAAAUGUAAAAAAAAAAAUCAAACUUACAGGGUUACUCCAAGCUAACUACUACAACCUGCUGUUGUAGAUACGAAUUCAGUAAUAUCCUGGUGCCGCACCUUGGUAAUAGGACAAUCUCUUUUGCAAAAGUCUGCCCGCUUUCCUGGGUCCCAGCUGGAGAUUCUAGUGAGUUACGGAACAUGCAUCUGGCUUCUGCCGGAUGACAAUAUCGCUGGUCAUACACUGGCUGAGAGCAUCAGCUGUUCACUCUCAGCCAAAUAAUGACCAUCCAUGUAGGGAGUAUGCACAGUAUUGACAGAAUUACCCAGUCCAGAACUCUUCUACUGGCCUGGCUAAUGAUGCUGCUGGAGGUGGAGUUACACCUUCGACCCCAAUAUCAAGUAUCUUUGUUUGUGCAGUUUCAUAUUAAAAACAUUGCUCAGACUCCAAACACUAUGACCGCUUCAAAACAUUGAGCUAGUCAUAGUGCUUGGAGUAUCCUUUUCAACAAUGAGACAAAUGGCGUGGGAUGGGAUCUGGGGCAAAAAGCCUGGAAUUGUGGAGGUAAUGAUUCAUAUAGAAUAUUGCUUGGGACAAUGUGGCUGGGUUCAGUGCAUUGGGGAAAAAGUAGCUAGACUCAGUGUUUUGGGAAAAGUGACUGGGGUCAAGAAAUUAGAGAAAAGUGGCUGGGAUCAAGGUACUGGUUAAAAGUGGCUGGGAUCAAGGUACUGGUUAAUAGUGGCUGGGAUCAAGGAACUGGUUAAUAGCGGCUGGGAUCAAGGUACUGGUUAAUAGUGGCUGGGAUCAAGGUACUGGUUAAUAGCGGCUGGGAUCAAGGUACUGGUUAAAAGUGGCUGGGAUCAAGGUACUGGUUAAAAGUGGCUGGGAUCAAGGUACUGGUUAAAAGUGGCUGGGAUCAAGGUACUGGUUAAAAGUGGCUGGGAUCAAGGUACUGGUUAAUAGUGGCUAGGAUCAAGGUACUGGUUAAAAGUGGCUGGGAUCAAGGUACUGGUUAAUAGUGGAUGGGAUCAAGGUACUGGUUAAUAGUGGCUGGGAUCAAGGUACUGGUUAAUAGUGGCUGGGAUCAAGGUACUGGUUAAAAGUGGCUGGGAUCAAGGUACUGGUUAAUAGUGGCUGGGAUCAAGAUACUGGUUAAAAGUGGGUGGGAUCAAGGUACUGGUUAAUAGUGGCUGGGAUUACGUAAUUGGGGAAAACUGACUAUGCAAAUUGAAUUCUAGAAAAGUGUCUAGGGCAAUAAACUGGUAGGAUGUGUCUGAUCUGCUAAUGGGAAAUGUAAAUGUAAUCUGAAAAAGGAAAAAAAUAAGACACUUGCCUGUAAAUAGACUGUGAAAAGAGGCUAAUGUAUGGAAUUUUCGAUAAUGGUCUGAGAUACCGGAAUGUGUUUUAUUGUUCAUUUUAAAUGGAGCAAAAUUAUCAAAAAUGGAAAACUCAAUUGAGCAAAUGUCAGAGGCUUGGGUUAUUGAUAUGAACAAUAUACAAAGUAAUAUGCUGUUAAAGUGAAUCUGCCGUGACAGGUUCACUUUAACAGAUAACAUCUCAUAAAGCAGUAAAUGUAUCACACCCCCAAGCAGGGCAAUCCUGUCUAAUGCAAGUUUAACAGACCGCACAUCAGUGUCAGGGCAUCCAUGCUGGAGGAGAAACACUGUUCCUGGCGUUUCUCCUGCUCUCCCUCAAUCCUCUGUUUAGACCUCUGUGAUGCCAGCAUAGAUUAGUCAAUGUUAAAGAUUGAGUGACAGGUGAAGGAAGGGGCCAUUGUUUUAGAGGAACACUCCAAGCACCAUAACCACAACAGCACGCUGUUGGGAUGGACAAAGCAUGGGUUGCAGCUUGAGAACGGUUUUCUCUUUUGUGGUUCUUGGCCAGCUUGAUUUAAUCUUUAAUCUACGUGUUCCCCUUUCUGAUGAUACUUAUACCACCUGCAGGUUGAGAAUAUUUUUUUACUAGCAUUUUAUUCAUGCGCCAUAUGUAAUACUUUAUUAUUUAAUGCAUAUAAAAUAAUCUGAUACUGGAGAACAUGUAACAAUAAAAUAUUGGUAUAAAAAAGGCAGAGUAACCAUGGUUUGCUACAAUAGGUAUUGAUUGUUUUAUUUACUAGAUACCAUUCUGCUAUUGUGUGUUCUAGGUCAAGGUGUGAACCUUAAAUCAAUAUACAAACCUCAUACUUGGAGUCACCAAACAAACAAAAAAAAACAAAAACAAACCUAAAGUUAAUCAACAGAGCAAGAAAAUAGUAUAUGAAGCAUAUUAUUUGAGGUGUCUUAAGAUAUCUUUUGCUGUUUCGAAAAAUCAUUAGUCAUUUUAACAAUGGUGGGAAACUGACCUGCAUUAACAAAGGUGCGUGCUGACAACGUUUGCACACACAUUCACCGUGUCAGUAACGAGGGAUGAAUUGUUGUGAGAUGCUUGAUCCCCUCUGUGAUUUUAUGUUGAAGAAGACUGAUUUGGGUUGUGUGAAAAAAUGCAUGUAUUUUAAAGAAUCUAAUUAGAUUUUGCUUCCUUAAAAAAAUUAAAAACGAAGUUAAAGGAACACUAUAGCAUUGGGAAAACAAACCUGCAUUGAUAAUGCUGUAGAUAAUGUAAUCAUUAAAUAAUAUAUUUUUUUUUUUCACAGUGCCAUCAAUUUGUACAGCUCCUGAGGAUCCGCGACAGAGUGUAAAAUCAGAUGGAGAAAUGUCAGAUGUGAAAACAGAACAGUCGGAUGAAGACGCAGUUGAAAAAGUACCCAAACGUACCCCAAGUGUCAAGAGUGUCAAAAAAGUUACAAAAGUAGAGGUAAAAAAUUUAGGGUUUACAUUGACAUAACUAUUGACCUUGAUCGUAAAUGCAAUAUAUGUUCCCAUAAAAGAAAACAAAGUUUAAUAGACUUGUUUUCAAAUUUGUUUCAGCUGGCACAAACAUAUAAAUUUCUUAUUAAUCUGUGCCUAAACGAACUGAUUCGUCUUCACGCUGCCUCAGUCUAAGGCUUCGUGAUUGAAGCCUCGGACUCUAAUGGAUGUGGAGUGGCAGAGCUGACAGGUGCCGGACUGGUGUUAAAAGUUUAGGUAACCCAGGACCUCCUCGCACUAGAACAACUUUAUUAUAGUGCCGUUGUUAUGGUGUCACAUGUGUCCCUUUAAUGAAGUAGUUUUGGUGUCUAGAUUAAUGUACUUUGCAGUCUUGAUUUAUUUUCUGCAAUUUAGGAGUUAAAUCACUUUUUGUUUCUGUUUAUGUAGCCCUAGCUACAGCUUUCCUGGCACACAAAAUAUUUUCAAUCAAAUUUUGCAAAGCAGUGUGCUUAGUUAUCUCCUACUCUGUUAAUUAAGUGUUAAUCAUAAACAGCCUGUUAGCGCCCACCACAGUUCCCUGUGUAAAAAAAGCAGGAGAAAAUAAAUUCAAAAUUAAACACAUUGUUCAAUCAGGGAAGCUAUAAAAACUACAUACUAUUUCAGGAAGUGUGUAGGAAGGCUGUGUGAGUCUCAGCCAGAGGAGGUGUGGCUACGGCUUGUAAACAAAGUGAUUUAAUUCUUAAAAGGCAGAGAAUUGAGCAGUAAGACUGUGGGGGCAAGAUCUACACACAACAACUGUUGUUUACAUAGCUAUAUAGACUAAAAAGAGACAUGUGUCUAUCAAGUUCAGCCUUCCUCACAUCUGUUUUUGCUGUUGAUCCAAAGAAGGGGGGCAAAAAACAGUUUGAAGCACUUCCAAUUUUGCAACAAACUAGAGAAACAUUCCUUCUUGACCCCAGAAUGGCAGUCAGCUUCUUGAUUUGUGUAAUGUUAUUAUAUCCCCUCUGAGGCGACGUUUUUGUAAACUAAAGAGACUUAAAUGUAUUAACCUUUCUUCAUAACUAAAAUGCUUCAUUCCUUUUAUUAAUUUUGUAGCCCGCCUCUGCACUUUGCACUUAUUACAAGUUUAAUGGCACUCGUAACGUUUCUGUAAUGAUACUUGGACAAGUGCAUUAUCACAGUACUGCAUGUGGAUCCAGGGUUUUGACAGGUACCCAGGAAUUAUGAAUUUGCUUAGCCCCAAAAUGAUAACUUACCUAGGGCCCUAUAGGAUCUUAAUCCUGCUAUGCACUUUAUAAUAAAUGUCACUGAGAACACGUUCUGCACUUUCAAAUACACAAGCACGGCUCUCAUUGUAUAUACACUUGCCUGAUUCUAUACUCAACCAGAUUACUUUACUAUAAUGAUUCUACCAUUGUUACAUAUAGUUUACUACUGUAAUAUUUUGUACUUGAUGUUACAUGUAGUUAUUAAUAAUUUGGCUGUUAGAAAUUUGGUUGCCAAAUACUUGUUUAUAGCAAAUGGCUAGCCUGCUCCAUUCCCCCUGAUCCCCCACCCUCUCCCUGCUUGCCACUCCCAGCUGUAAAUGCCUUUUUUUUUUCUCUCUUCCUUAGCCCCAAGUCAUCAUACAUCCCUGCAUGAAGGCUCUUAAAUUUUACUCGGUUCUACCCACCCGACCACCCUGGUUCCAUUCUAACUGUAUAACAUGCUCUUCCAGCUGUUUGGAACCAUAGCCAAUCACCUCCUCAUUCCCUUCACAUGCUAUCAGCUGCUGCAGUUAUACUAUUAACUCUCUCUGCUAUAACAUACAAAUCUCCCCAGUUUAACCUUUAGCUCACGAGCAGGGUCCUCUACCUGUUGUAUCUGUCUGUUAUUAUUGUGUUAGUCUUUUUCCCAAUUGUACAGCGCUGCGGAAUUUGUUGGUGCUUUAUAAAUGCCAGUAAUAAAUAAAUAAAUAUAGAUUGCACAAUAUGAUCACUGGCAUUAUAAUGGACAAUUUAUUCUAGUACCAAAAUAUUCAAACAUUUCAGCCUUAGCUUUUUAUUGUAUAUUUCUCUAUUUCCUGCACUUCAAAUUGUCCAUUUCAUGGUCUGCAGAUAUUCGUGCACUGAAAAUAAACUGGCAUAGAUUAAUUCACACAAUUUAUGAACGUGCUUCUCAAAGACUAUUCAUCACAGUGAUAGUUCUAGGCCACUGACUCCCAUAGGGAAAUGUAUUAAUAUCUUAUUAAUACAACUCCAGUAAAUUAAUAAUAACAUUUAGAAUAAUAGGACUCUGUUUAACUACAGAUUUUCUGGUUUUCCACCACAUAGUUACAACAUUUGCUGUUCUUAUAUAGACUUGUUAUCUACGUACUUUAUGGACACAUUUACUAAUCAGGCGCUUAUAUAAAAGGUGCAGUUGAUUGAACAUUUUGAAAAUAAACCCACAUAUUUCUGAUGGCUGUGUAUAUUUGUGGUAUGUAUGUACAAAUGUCACAGGUCUCAGUGGGCCAUUAGCACUUAACGGGAGUUGAAAUGCACAGUAGCUUAAGGGGGCAGUCCAGACAACAAAAAAACAAAUGGGCCAUUUUGAUCUAAAAUAUACAAUUCCCUCUCCAGAUCGCCAUAUUUCCAGGUUAUUAAAUAACCCUGAUUUUCAGAAGGCACUUUGUGUGUUUAGUAUUGCACAAACAACAAAAAUACUUGAAUAUUUGAACCCAUUUUCAAUUAGGGCAAUUGCCCUAAUUUAGGAAAUAGUAUCUGAGUAAUUGGUCAGACUAUAUGUUCCUUAAAGCCUCAAUUUUUUUAUUUUUUUAUUCAAUCACUGAGGCAGAAUUAUGAACACUAUGGCAGAAAAGAAUAGCACUGGAAUUGACGUCACAUGGAGUUUGUUUUUCCAAAACAAGCGAUUUAUUGGAUAUUUGCACAUUUGACUGUGAAAGAACUACUAAAUGUCAAUGAAACCUAGUUUAUUUAUUAAUGUGCACAGACCGGCAUAGCUGCUAAGAGAUUUUGCAGGCCGGUGUGUAGCCAGUGGAAGCGCUUUCUAGUAAAUUGGAAUUUUAAAGUAGGUAAAUUGAUCUCUUGAUUUGUGCAAAUUUGUCAUUUAAAGGAACACUCACGCUUAGGAAAAGAGCUAUUGGAACACUAUCCCAAAUCCCUAUGCACAUUUAAAUAACUGCAGGUUGUUAGUAUCACUCCAUGAAUCACUUAAAGAGACAUUCCAGGCACCCUGACCAUUUCUGCCCAUUGGAGUGGUCUGGGUGCCAACUCCCACUACCCUUAACUCUGCAACUGUAAAUACUGCAGUUUUUAUAAACUGCAAUAUUUACCUUGCAGGGUUAACUCCUCCUCUAGUGACUGUCUACUAGACAGCCACUAGAGGGCACUUCCGGAUUUAUUGCACACAUUUCGUGUGCUAUAGCGUUGCUGGACAUCCUCACGCUAUGUGAGGACCUCCAGCUUAGCUGAAAUCCCCAUAGGAAAGCAUUGGAAGCAUUUUUCAAUGCUUUCCUAUGGGGAGGUCUAAUGUGCAUGCACGUAUGAUGUCAGCGGGGGAGGAGCGUGGGCGGACCCUGAACCAGCUCCGAGGGACAUUGGCGCUGGAUACAGGUAAGUCACUGAAGGGGUUUUAACCCCUUCAGCAACUUGGGAUGGGGGUGGGAGGGAGAGGGGACCUGCAGUGCCAGAAAACGGUUUGUCCCUUUAAGUGUAAGCUCACCUGCCACGUCAAUGCAAACCUCUUAGGUGAUUCUUACACUAACAAUUCACCUUGCUUUCCUCAGCUAUAAUGUAAAAAAUUUUAAUGAGAUAAAGAGGGGCAUUUUUCUAAACCCCUACAUACUUAUGAACCCUUAAUAGGGAACACCUGAAGCUGAAAGAAGCAAUGUGAAUUGUUAGUAUAGGACUCACCUAUACUAAGAGGUUUGCCUUGACGUGGCAGGUGAGCUAAUACUUAAGUGGCCACUGAAGUGAUACUAAAUAACCUCCAGCUAUUUAAAUGUGCAUAGGAACACUCAGGUUUGCAAAAAGUGCAGAUUUCAAUAGAAAUUGAUCACUUUACAAGUUAACCUUGUUGCAUCCCCUGUCUGUCAAUCAGACAACUGCCCCUGUUACUACUUAGUUUGUUUACCUCAGUGAAGCUAAACUCAAGAGACCGCAAUUACUCAGAGUACCUGCCUUGCAAAGACCUCUCGUUGAGCUGCACUGGGAAGUGUGUGAUUGGACAGCCACAGAAAGUCUGGGCGGGGUUAGAAAGGGAGGGUUUGCAAAGGCUGCAGACAAGAGAACUAUGUGAGCAGUGGUGUUUCCCUUUAAUGAGCUACAGCUCCUAUAAAUAUAAAAUGAAGCCAGCUGAGACCAAGGACUGCAGAAUUAUAACCUGUUAUGUCCAUUGCUGCUAGUUAGGUGUCACAAUGUGCCGGUUUGCUGAUCAGUAAUGGGGUGAAAAAAGUGAAAUGUCUGUGCAAGGAGAAAUAUUGCUUUAGGUCAGUCUACAGUUCUGGGUAGUAAGAUGGCAGUGAUGUGGCAACUGGCUGUACCUUUCCUUUUUAAAGCUGAUUCUUGCAAAGUUUGAGCCCUUUGUGUCUGUAUACAAUGUUAGUCAGCAGUAAGAGGGAUCAGCACUCAAGGUAUUUCUAUGGUAAAGAGUCUCUAAGGUUAGGAACUAACAAGCAAACUUAUUCUAGUUAAGGGAUCAGAAACAAGGCUGAAUGAAAGGUACAACAGGUAGAGUAUCCAGCCAGCUGCUAGUGGAACUUGCAUUUGUUGUCUACAUGCAUUGCUUAAAGGAUAACUGUUGUCAAAUCUUCACUUCUCAUUUUUAUUUUUUUUAAACAUAUUACAUUUACUAAAACUUGUUUAUUGUAUUGUAUAUAACUUAUUGUGAUAUUUAUUGUUUUUUUUUUUUUAAAUAUGGCUGAGCAGCCAUUUUGGGUCAGAUUUUACGGAUAUCUGCUGUUUAACCUAACUUGUGUGCUGCUGUGAUGACUUUGUGUGAACCUUCAGCAGUAAGCAAAAUAAUUAAUUACGUUUUAUUAAAUGUAACCGUUUUUUUUCCACAAAACUUUACAAUUUUAUGACAGAUGACCUUUAAGGCUACGUGACCCUAGUUUUAAUCGCUGCAAGAUAUGACUGUAUGUGACGGUUUAUUCUUUUAUUGAAAUACAAUGUCUCUGUUUGGUUUCAUAUCAGCCACAGCCCAAAAAUCUAAAAGCGCGCCCCAAGAAGAAAGCAACGGGAACUACUGUGUCGGGAGAGUCCGCAUGAAGACUGCAAGCUACUGUCUGUGUCUGUUUACACUCUAUGGUACACUCUACUCAUUUGAUACUCUCUGGAGGACCGUGAGCAUCAGAAGAUCCAAUGACUUGGGAUCACUGAUCUAAGGGUUCAGUAUUUGCAAGAAAACUAUGUAUAUUUUAAUAAGCCACGUUGAGAUGUGUUAUACACCUCGUAUUAUGCUGUGCUGGAAUCCACUUCAAAAAAGCUUACCUUAGUUACACUUAGUAGUGGUCAGGAAAACAAUAUAUUUACAAACUGUUAUAAUAACUAGGAUUGUAACAAUAGUAAUAAUUCAUUUAUUGAUAGGAGAGAGCUAUCAGGUAUGAUAUCUGCUAGACUGUCAUACAUCAUUUUAAUGAGACUAUCUGCAAUAUCUAAAAUUGGAGCUGUGACACGGUUUUGACAUGAGAUAAUUAUUUUAUUUAACGAAUGUUAUUUAACAUAUUGGCAAUGUUAAGUAGCAUAUACUUAAUAUUCGUAUAUAUAUUGCAGUUUUGCAGUUCAGUAUAUAACUUGAUAAAAGUGGGCUAAAUAUCAGUGUUUAUGCAGUUCUUUCUACUCUGGAACGUAGACAAUGGAAGGCUUCUUAUAAUACGUUUAAUUUUGUUUUAAUUUGUUUUUUGGUUUGGUUGCCAAAACUAACAAUGUGAACAUACUGUAUCUCUGGAAAAACUGGAGUGAAAGUGAAAUUGAAAAUAAUUGUAGUUAUUUUUCUUACUUAAGGAAGGUUCGGAAGAUUUCCGCAGUUUCGGACGUCCGUUCCAAGUUCUGGGGCGUUGGUUGACAAACUAAUGGUUUACUCUUUAACUCAAAGGUUGCAGACACCUAGGCUACUACUAGUUUAGCUAGUGUUCGAGGCUUACUAUUGUGCAAGGGGUGGUGGCUUUGAAAUGGUGCAACAGGAUUUGAAAAAAUCUAAAAGUAUUUCUUUGUGCAGAACAGGCCUGCUGGAACAAAAACAACACUUUGUCGAAAACCUGUCUUCAUUAGGUUCCUGGUAAAUAAACAUUUUACUUGAGUAAACUGACUGGCCGAUAAAACCAUUAUCUCUGCUUUCUGUUUUAUUAUUCCAGAAGGCUCUAAAACAAGCAGCUGCUAAGGCAAAGUGUGUUGAUUGAAAGGUCCUAAUAGGAACUUUCCUUCUUACAAAGAAUGUGUCGAAUACAUGUCUCUUACUGUAUUGAACCAUAUGUUUUUCAACCUUCUAACCACCAACCACUACUAACAGAUCAUUCAGGCCAUGUACAGCUGUAAACACCUACAAUUAAACUUGUUUUAAGCCCCUCUGCCCAGUUGAGGUGCCCCAUGGCAUACACAGGUUGAUAAAUGGAGCAUGGAUGGCAACUGUAAUUCCUGUAUAGAAAAGGAUUCUAAGGAUACACCAUAUUGAAUCAAUACCCACAGUAUGUCGGUGUAAUUAUCACACUAACAUUCCUUAUAUGAUAGAACUGCGUUGCAGCGUUUAAUGAUUGUAAAUUCUCAUCAAUCAAUCCUGAUAACAGACAGGUUCAGCAAUUUCUGGACAGUGAUUACAAGAACAAGUAAAAAGAUCUACUUUAGGAUGAAAUGAUAAAGAGUUCUUAUAUUAUUUUUAUAACCUGUGGAAGUCUUGAAUACCUCUUAAUUUACAUUUCUGAAGGCCCCUUUGUUGCUGGUGAGGUUAGGUCCAAUCAUUUUUGAAGUCUGCAAAUCUCCACGUACAGGGAUGAGAUUUCAGUUUUCCUGAUUUUGUUUAAUUUGUUCAUGAGGAAAUCAUUAUGCAUAUCCCAUAAUACAUUCAUAAAUCUCAUAACAUA